AUGUCCUGGAGGAUGUGUGAAGUGGAGGAGAUGUCCUGGAGGGUGUGUGAAGUGACGGAGAUGUCCUGGAGGGUGUGUGAAGUGACGGAGAUGUCCUGGAGGGUGUGUGAAGUGACGGAGAUGUCCUGGAGGGUGUGUGAAGUGACGGAGAUGUCCUGGAGGGUGUGUGAAGUGACGGAGAUGUCCUGGAGGGUGUGUGAAGUGACGGAGAUGUCCUGGAGGGUGUGUGAAGUGACGGAGAUGUCCUGGAGGGUGUGUGAAGUGACGGAGAUGUCCUGGAGGGUGUGUGAAGUGACGGAGAUGUCCUGGAGGGUGUGUGAAGUGACGGAGAUGUCCUGGAGGGUGUGUGAAGUGACGGAGAUGUCCUGGAGGGUGUGUGAAGUGACGGAGAUGUCCUGGAGGGUGUGUGAAGUGACGGAGAUGUCCUGGAGGGUGUGUGAAGUGACGGAGAUGUCCUGGAGGGUGUGUGAAGUGACGGAGAUGUCCUGGAGGGUGUGUGAAGUGACGGAGAUGUCCUGGAGG